AUGUCCAAGGUGCUCAGAAGUGCGAUGACGAAGGUGCUCAUCGUCCCCGGCAACGGAUGCACGCCCGUCGAGGCCUGCAACUGGUAUGCAUGGCUCGCCGAGAAGAUCCGCGAAGCUGGCCACGAGGUCGUUCUGCGUGACAUGCCCGACCCGUACGUGGCCCGCGAGUCCGUGUGGUUACCGUUCAUCAAGGGCGAGAUGGGCUGUGACGAGCAAUCGAUCAUCGUAGGCCACAGCUCGGGCGCGGAGGCCGCCAUGCGGUACGUCUCCAAACCCACAACAGGGCUUGUCCUGGUCUCUGCGUGUGUGACGGACCUUGGCGACGACAACGAGCGCGCCUCGGGGUACUACGCCCGCCCGUGGGCGUGGGCCCAGAUCAAGGCCAACUGCGAUUGGAUCGUCCAGUUCGGGUCGCCCGACGAUCCGUUCUUGCCUGCCGCUGAGCAGAACCUGGUGGCCGAGGGCUUGUCGUCCGAGUUCCACUACCUCCGCGGGCGCGGCCACUACAUGCGCGAGGAAGAGCCCGUCAUCUGGUCGGCUCUGGCGGCCAAGCUUGUGCCGCAGUAA